CUUGCAAUUCUAACACUUGGAGGAAGAAGCAAUUGUGCUUUCGUCAACGACGCAGCUGUGCUUCUUGAGCUGUUACGAGACAAUCGGUGUUGACCCUGUGUGGGACGCGUCUUAGGGCGCACAAAAGGAAAUCGUUACAGAACAUGCGAGUGGAAUAAGAAGACGUCGACAGAGAAACGAUGACGAAAUUCCUCGACUGCGUCAUGGUUGUUCUACCGGAAAAAUUUCGUUUAUCUGCCCAGCGUAUGUUCGACAUGUUUAAUGGCAUGAGCAAAACCGAUGCUGUAUUACUCAUGUGCAAGUCAGCUAUGGACGCUGCGUCCGCCUUGUUUGAUGACUUCGUGACAAUGUACGCGGACACUGAGGAAGAAAGGGAACAUCUCAAGGGAGUAUUAGUCCACUGCUACGGAUCCAGCUUAUAACAUAUAACCAGCAACAUCGAGCAAUAAACAAUUCUGAUCCUAUUUUAUCAAGCCAUCCGCAGCCCGGUCCUGGUCGACCAGCUCUGGGCUGUCCAGCAGGCCCGCGAAGCGGCUGACAAGCUUGGCCUGAUGGUCCCGCCGUGGGAGCCACCCACUACUCGCUGGGGCGCGUACCGCAUGACCUCAUUAAAGUUAU